UAUUUCAAGCCUGUUGAUUGGCUGCAAGUCCAUCUGUCCAUAUUUACGCAACCCCUAAUAGCCCUAAUUUUGCAUCUAUUUCAAUCCUGUAAAAGAGUUUUUGACAGUUUUUGAUUCUGUUCAGUUAAUUCGGAGAUUUCAAUCGAUCUAUAAUGUGUCAAUAAUUUCGUCACUCGACAGUACCCCUUAAGUAUAAAUGUCUAUACAUUGUCUAUUGCAGAAACUAUGCCAGUAUGUUGUAUAAAACAUUGCCCUAGUCGUACGUCACAAUACAAGACAAAAAAUGUGAAAUUAAAAAAAAAAGCCACUAUUCGUCAGCAAUGGCUCGAAGCCAGUCAAAGAACGGAAUUAAACAUGAAAGUUGAUACGACAAUAUGUAGUAAUCAUUUUGAUACUGAUUGCUUCAUAAUGGUGUGGACAAAACCAAGAUUGAAAAAUGUACCAUCCAGAGAAAUGCAACGAUUAAAAAAAGAUUCUAUCCCAACAAAAAUGUUAAUAUUAGAAAAGAAGAAGAGAAUGCCAGAGAGUAAAAAAAAUAUGAAGAGGAAUAAAGAAAGAAAUGUACCAAUAAGGACUGGAGUACCAACAUACACAGAACUUAUUGGAUGUAUACAAGAGAAGAAUCGUUUGCAGUCGCAUAAAGAAAUUGUGCAAUAUGUGAAAGCAGAAACUGCAAAAAAUGUACAAAAUGUUAAUAUUGUAAAUAAUAUUAAAAAAGUUAAUUAUAUUAUAGAAAAAACUGUGCAACAUAAGGAUUUAGUAAAUAACACAACAAAUGUAGAGAUACUUGGAGAAGUUAAUAAUCAUGAUAUUUCAAUAAAAAAUGGAUCAAUGAAAACGUUAAUGCAAGUCCAAAAAUUACAAGAAGAAAAGGUAAAAGUGUUGAAAGAAAAAGAAAUAUUGGAACAGCAAAAUAAACAAUUGAAUAUGGAAGUAAAAAAGUUACAUUCAGGAAUAACACAGUUACAAACAGAAAUAAUCAAAAUGACAAUGGACAGGAAGAAGCAAAUCAACGCAAUACUCAUUGAAGUUUUAAGGAAAGUAUUUACACCGAGCCAAAUUGCAAAGUUAAUGUCAUCAACUAAUAGUCGCAUACGAUGGUCAUCCGAAGAUAUAAAAUCUGCAAUAUAUCUAAGAUCAUUAAGUCCUAAAGCUUACAAAUACUUAAGAAAUGUCAAGAAAAUUCCAUUACCGUCUGCAACUACUUUGCAAAAUUGGAUUGAAAACAAUAAUUUAAAAAAUGAAAUUAAGGAUGCAUCACAAUUGAAAGUAUUAUCAAAAACAUAAAAAUUUCAUAGAUUGUUCUAUUAU